AUGUCUCGCAGUGGCUGGAUGGUGCCUAUCGGCCGCCUGUUCCGUGCAGCCAUUGUCGCAGGCACCGCCUGCACUCUGUUCCGGGAAUGUAGCCUUGCAAAGGGCGAGAAACGCCAUCCAUCUGGGUUUGAAACACUGUCUCCUGUACUAGGUCAUCUUCAUGGCGUCCCAGAAGAUGAAACCGUCACAGCAAAUAACGAAGAGAUAGGAGAUGAACGAAAAGAGCCCAAGCAGUUCAUCAGGAGGGGAGCUAGAGUAUUGCGUGAGUGGUUCUACCAUAACCAAGAAUACCCGUAUCCUACAGAUACACAAAAGAAUCAACUGUCAACAGAGACUGGCUUUUCUCAAAAGCGCAUUUCAACUUGGUUUGCCAAUGCUCGUCGCCGUCAGAAACAGAAGAUCCAGUCAGCAGGUGUCUCCUCAACCUCCCGCACGAGAACAGGAUCCCCUAUGGUCACAAGCACAUUGGCUUCUCUGACUCCCAUGGAAAGAUGGCAAGCAUCUCCGCCGGAAGAUGAACCCGUGCCAGAAACUGCGAUUCAGAAUGCCAUUUCCUCAAACACAACAGAUCCGGACAGCUGGUUCGAUCCGUUCCAGUUUGACCCUUCUGGAAUGGAUUUCUUCGAUUUCGACGAACGCUCAUCGCACCUGGCGUCUUCGGUCUCGAGCAUUGGAAGCAAAGCAUCGGAAACCUCCGACAGUGGCUCUUCGGCAUGGAGUUACCGUUCUUCGGGAGAAACUGGGCUAUUGUCACAACUCCCCAAACAGUCCAAGCCCAAACGAAUCCGUGGACGGCAAAGCACCGCUGGAGACUACCACUACCAAUGCACAUUCUGCACGCAGUCCUUCAAAAAGAAGCACGAUUGGUCACGUCAUGAAAAAAGUGUUCAUCUCACUCUCGAUUCGUGGAUAUGCACCCCUGAUCUGAGCAAUGUUCAGCAAUCCUUCGACCUUCAAUCCUCUGAAUGUGCUUUUUGUGACGUACUGUUCCCCACGCCUGCCCACUGGGAUGAACAUGAUUUCAAUGUUUGUGUUGAAAAGCCGACCAAAGAGCGGUCCUUCAGCCGAAAGGACUAUCUAUGGCAGCAUCUGCGCAAAUUCCACGGCUGCACUAAGCCACCCAUAUCUGACCUCGAUACAUGGCGUGGGUCGGGUGCAAAUGUGGAAAGUCGCUGUGGCUUCUGCGGAUGCUCAUUGUCAACAUGGGCGGUGCGGGCAGAACAUCUGGCUGCUCACUUCAAGGAGGGAUCGCGAAUGGAGGAAUGGGAAGGUGACUGGGGGCUUGAUACAGCCACCAUGAGCGUCUUACGAAAUGCUGUCUUUCCAUCCCAACGUUUGGUCGGCUUCCCUGUACCUGAAAAACAAUAA